AUGGAGGUGAAGCAAGUCCUUCGCAUGAAUGGGGGAGAGGGAAAAACAAGCUAUGCAACCCACUCGCAACAUCAAAGAAUGGUGGCAUCUAUGGUCAAGCCCAUAGUUGAAGAGAGCAUUGAGGAGCUUUACCAGACCUUAUUCCCCGAGUGCUUGAAGAUUGCAGAUUUGGGAUGCUCAUUAGGACCCAACACCCUUCUAUUUGUAUCAGAAAUCAUAGAAAUUCUUAGCACUGCAUCCCAGAAGUUGAACUCACCGUUACCUUCAUUGCAAGCAUUCCUAAAUGAUCUCCCCGGCAAUGACUUCAACACAAUUUUCAGGUCACUGCAGAGCUUCUAUAGGAAAUUGGAGACUGAGAAGGGAAACACCUUUGAAAAUUGCUUCAUAUCUGGAGUGCCUGGAUCUUUCUAUGGGAGGCUCUUCCCUUGCAAUUCCCUUCACUUUGUUCAUUCUUCUUAUGCUAUUAUGUGGCUCUCCGAGGUACCAAAAGGGUUAGUGAGUCAGACAGGAGAAGCACUCAACAAAGGAAACAUUUGCAUUGCAAAGACAAGCCCUCCUGCUGUGUUUAAAGCAUAUUUGGACCAAUUUGAAAGGGAUUUCACACUUUUUCUAAAGUCUCGAGCGGAAGAAUUAGUUGCUGGUGGUUGUAUGGUCCUCACAACCAUGGGUAGCAUCAAAAGCGAUGAUCCUCUUUCCAUUUGGGAAGUCGUUGGUCUAAAACUCAAUGACAUGGUCUUGGAGGGCAUGAUUGAAGAGUCAAAACUGGACAACUUCAAUUUGCCAUACUAUGCAGCUACUAUGGAGGAAGUAAAGAAGGUAAUCGAGGCCGAAGGAUCUUUUACUUUGCAGAAACUUGAAGCUUUCAAAGUGGAUUGGGACACCUACAUAAAGAAGGCUAACAAGGGCCUUGAUAAGCAAGCAAGGGAAGCCAUACUUGCCAGUGACAUUAGGGCCGUGGGUGAGCCCAUUUUGGCAAGCCAUUUUGGGGAAGCAUCCAUGGAGGACUUGUUCCGUAGGUUUAAAGAGGUUGUGCUUGAUCACAUGGAGAAGGAGAAAUGUGUGUACUUUAAUUUGGUUAUCUCCUUGAAAAAGAAGGGUUGA